CAUAUCAACCACAACGAUUCUCAAUCCCACAUCCUCAGCCUUGUCACGCGAUCCUCUCAUCCUAUUCCAGAAAUUCCAAGAACUCUUCGCUACACCCAAUUGAAAAAAAAAUGUCUUUUCCUCCAGGCGGCACCUACUUCGACGGCAAGAAGUCCUUCAACAAUGUCACAGUCGACACGAGCAAAGACGAGGCCAUCAACACGACAGAGUUCCUCGAAGCCGCAGAAGCUGUCGCCGCCUUGUUCGAUGUGAUAGGAGGAGUCGCUUUCGGACCUGUGAAGAGCGAUAUGACGGGCAACAUCAAGAAAGUGCGAGACAGGCAACUUGCCGCACCCCUGGAGGGCGAGAACUUGCAGGAUCUUGUGAGGAAUGAGUUGAAGACUAAGAAGCAUACUGCUACUGAAGGUUUGCUUUGGUUGAAUAGAGGUCUCGACUUCACCGCCCAAGCUCUGAGGAAGAAUGUUGAUACGCCGUCUGAAGAGCUUUCAGCUUCCUUUCGCGAUGCAUAUGGAAAGACACUCAAGCAGCACCACUCUUUUCUCGUGAAACCGAUUUUCUCGGCCGCUAUGUCUGCUACUCCAUAUCGGAAAGACUUCUAUGCUAAGCUGGGUGACGAUCAGCCGAGAGUGAACAAGGAGUUGGGCGAUUGGUUAGUUGGGCUGGAGAAGAAUGUUGCGAUUCUGAACAAGUUCCUCGCGAGCAAGGAGGCGAAGUGGUAGAAAGGAUGACAUGAGCUUGAGAUCAGAGAUUGGGUACAUUGCAGGCUAUGAACCCAGGUAAAAGCAGGAAGAAAUCAUGCGUGGUGAGCUCUAGCGAAGUCCAGUCAGUGCCCGCCUGAGUACAGCACAG